GCGAUGACGAAGGGUGUGGAUCUUCUCAAUUGGACGAUGACUCUUCCUCCCUGAAGAGCUCAGCAGCAUCCGGGUAGGGCAUUCGGGGCAAGCAGGAAGGAGGAAACAGGCACACAGCAAACAAGGAUCAGAGAGCGGAGACUUUCGAAAGAAAUAGAAUGGAGACUGUCCAAAGACGCUUAGUCCCCUUGCUGUGCACAAGCUCAGAGCAGGGCACCUGUUUUCUGGCAAUUGCAAACGAAGCAGAUGUCUCAGUUAUCCCUUCAGCGGCAGUUGAUAGGUCUACUACACCGGCACUGAUCCUAGAGGAAACGAAGAAGUUAUUCGGUGCGCAUGUCCCAAUAAGGCUUAUUCCGCACACCGAGAUGGCUAGUGUUAUAGUGGAAACUGUACAGGGGUACACAAAGAUGUACUUUCCACUUUCGGAUGCAAGAAUCCCUCAGGAGGCGGUGAGCAUGUUGGUUCAGUCCGGAAUCCGGUGGUGUCAUAUGGAUCUGGUCAGAGAACGGAACCAGCAGGAACUGGACCACAUCAAGGUGGUACCAGGAAUUUCGUCUCUAAUAUUGUUGAACAUUAAUGAGAAGCUACUGCCGGCGGAGAACCUGCAUUCCAGUUUUCUCGCAGGCAAAUUGACUGAAGAGUGGCGGUCGUCUUCCAAGGAAACUAAAUUGAACGAGGAGAAGCUCAAAGAGUUCGCGCAAUGGUGGGAGGGGCCACAGAUUUGGGCGCCGGCUCAAGGCAGUCGAGGGGGCAUGGGGAUCUUGCUACAUCGGGAUCUCCAAGUGCAGGUGAUCGACUCCGAGGCGGACUUGUGGGGUAGGUGGGCUUGGAUGAAAGUAGGGAUCGGGAACGAGGAAUGGGCGCUGAUGACGGUUUACGCUCCAACAGCACCCGGGGAAAGAGUAAAAUUUUUCUCUAGGCUUAUGCAGCGUGUCCUCCGGGUGGAGAGACUGAUGAUGGCUGGUGACUGGAACGUUUCACUGGAUGAGGCCUUGAGGCUGGCGGCUCCAUCAGCAAACCGGAACGACGUCAGAAGCCUCCUGGAUUUUAGUACAGAGCUAGCGUUAUAUGAUCCGUACCCAGUAUUAAAUCCGGGCGAGGCAGGUUACACGUGGUUCUCGCAUCCCAAUAGGGAUAGGCAGAUUGUGACGAGGAGGCGACUGGACUACUUUUUGGUGGUGGACCAAGUCCUGGACAGGGUCACCUCGAUCCGGGAGGCCAGUCAGACUUUAUCAGAUCACAAACCGGUGGUGGAUGAAAUCCGGUUGCAUCUGGGAAUGGAGAGAGGCAAAGGCUUCUUCCGCCUAAAUAGCCAAGUCUUGCAGGUUCCGAGGGUAAGUGAGUGGGUGGCAGAUCAUAUGACCAAAUGCGAGAAUGCAAGGCCGCACUUCGACUCCACUGCAGAUUGGUUAGAUGGUGGCAUCGCAAUCACAUCCAGGGUCCUUGACGCAGUCUCCCGAAUCCUGGCGAGAGAGAGAAACAAGAAGGAGGCGGAGUCAAAGAGGAGAGUGGAAGAGGCCGAGGAGCGAAUGGAAGGUCACCCCAUAUCGGCUAUGGUGUGGGCUGCAGAACGGGUAAAGAGACUAGAAGAAUGGGACAACUUCCAGAUAGACAAGCAAAGAUGGUGGAUCAAUCUGCUCCAGGACAAAGGAAUCGUAACCCACGACAAGAUGACGAAGGAAACAUUUCAGAAGUUGUUACCUAGCAGGGCUCAGCACCAGAUGGUCGAACUUAAGCAUCCAUUCAACGAGCCCGCUCCUACAGCAUGCUCAACAGCAGGCAUGCUGCAGUACGCAAGACUGUAUUAUGAGGACGUACUCUCCACGAGACGCCCUCAGGAUGGGGUUGACUCCGAUCUCUCAACAUCCUCCGACAUGUGGGACAGCACAGCGGUCCAGCUAUGCACAACAGCAAGACUAGACCUGGAUCGCCCGCUCUCGUUAGAGGAAGUCACACAGACAUUGAAGACAAUGGCCAGGGGGAAGUCCCCCGGGGUGGAUGGUCUCACAGUGGAGUUCUACGCAGCCAACUGGGGGGCCUUCGGGGAGUCAUUGGUAACACUCUACAAUGAAGUGACGAUUGGAGGCAAAUUGGGGACGGGUAUGACACAUGGCGUGAUUUCAGUUCUGUUCAAGAAGGGAGACAAGGCGGAAGUGAGGAACUGGCGACCGAUAUCGUUGCUGAAUGUGUCAUACAAAAUCCUCGCAAAAUCCUUGGCACGCAGACUCUCGAAACACCUCCCAGAUCUGGUAGAGAAGGACCAAGGAGCCUUUGUGCAGGGCAGAUCCAUCUUCAAUAACAUCGUUACAGCGAUCGAGGCUCUCGAGAUAGUGCAGAGUGAAAAUCCGGAGAUGGCAGUUCUCCUGCUGGAUCUGGAGAAAGCCUAUGACAAAGUUGGGUGGGCCUUUGUCCUCACAACGCUGAGAAGAAUGGGGUUUGGAAGGAACUCCUGUGCCUGGAUCAUCGCUAUGUACACUUUCUCAACAUCGGCGGUGAUGAUCAAUGGGCACCUCUCUACCCCCUUCGCCCUCACAAGAUCUCUCCGACAAGGGUGCCCUUUGGCCCCGCUGGUCUUCAUUCUACAACUCGAAGUACUCCUUAACAAGAUCCGCAAGAACCGGGUGAUCAAAGGCCUGCGACUACACAACGGAGAAGAGUGCAAGGUCAAGGCACUUGCAGAUGACUUGUUCGUGCUGAGUGAAAACUCGAAGGACUCGCUGUCAACUCUGAAGAACAUACUGAGGGAGUACUCCUCCCUGUCCGAGGCCACAGUAAACUGGAACAAAUCUACUUACCUGUUGCCAGCAGACUUCAGACUUGAAGUAGAGUGGGGAAUGAGGAGGGUGGAGAAUGGGGAGGAGGAGAGAUUUUUGGGAGUGCUAAUCAGCCUCCAAGUUGGGGCAUCGGCGCAAGGUUUGUUGCUGCAACAGAGGAUCUCGUCCAGAUUGAGGCUAUGGGGUGUGGCCUGGCAUCUAUCUAUCAUCGGUAGGGCUCUAGUCACCAACGUAGCCCUGUAUUCCAUCCUCUGGUUCGUAUCUGCAGUGAGGGAAAUCGCAGUUGGAGUUCUGAAGGUGAUAAGGAGACUGGUGGCCCGGUUCAUCUGGAAGCCAAGGGCCAAGCAAGACGACUCAUUCAUCUCAAAAGUGGCCCUGGACACGCUGUCCUUCCCACGGGCGGAAGGAGGCCUGGGUCUCAUGGACCCAGCAAGAAGGAACCAGGCGCAGCUUAGAGGCUGGGUAGCCAAGGUGGCCACGGUGGGACCAAGCGAACAUUGGGUAUUACUAGCGGAACGCAUACUGGCGGAAGAAUGGGAGCUUGCUAGACCUAAGGACGCCUGGGCCUGCCUGUUCAUGCCUUCGUUCAGGAAGAGGAAGCUGAAAUCCUGUUUCUGGGAAGCGAUCAGAAAAGCCUGGAACAGGAUGCCUCCGGAUGUACAGCAACCCCCGUCCACGAAGGAAGAAAUACUCCUCCAACUGCUGUUCGAUAACCCGGAGAUCCGGAACCAGAAUGGUGUUCCUUUCAAAGCGGAUGGAUCCGCAGGCUCCUUUGGACAAUCUUGGGUCAAAAGAGGGGUAGUCCGCAUCGAAGAUCUCUGGUCCACACUAACGGGAAGAUGGAAGCCUCUGUCGGAGUUAAAACUGGUACUCAGAAGUCUGCAGCAAGUGGAAUCCCACUGGAGGAGCAUCCUGGAAGCGAUCCCCCGGGAGUGGCAGCUGUUACUGGGACCGGAGGGAUUGGACCCCCCAGGAACGUGGUAUGUACCAAACCCAGACUCCAACAACAACACGGUGUGGAAGGUCAUCGAGAUUCUCCCAAGCGGCUUCAGACGGGUGGAAAAAUGGGUCUGCAAAGACACGUCCAACAUACUGUCCAGAGUUGAGGAGGAGACAGUAAGAGGGUGGGACAACCCCCCUCAGGCGAGAGUGGUUGAAACGAAAUGCAGAGAACCUGCAGGUUUUGGUGCUGGUUUAUGUGCUCAUUUCCAGCUGGUUUGCAGUUCUCCUCUUUCACAAGACCCCUGAAGGCCAGACGUAUUUCCCAAAAUACGUCAGCACACUUUAUGCGAUGGUCCUUUUGUUGACUGGGGCCAAUCUUCCAGACAUUGAAAUCCCUGCCUACCGGGAAUCUCCCCUUUCCUGCAUAUUUUUUGUGAUUUAUUUGGUUGUUGGAUUCUUUAUAUUGCUGAACAUCCUUUUCGCCGUAAUCUUCGACAGCUACAAGCAUCAGGCAGGUUAUGGUUUCUGCUUGACCCUCUCUCAGUUCUUUGAACCACUUUCCUUUUCUGUUUGAAGUCAUGAAUGAGAUAGUUAUAUUUUAUUCAUUUUUUCAAAAGAAGAAGAAUGAAAUGAACCAAGUACUCGUCU